CAGCCCUGGAUCACCCCAGCCGAAGCGUGUCCCCGGCGGGACCGGGCGCCCUGAUGCACAAGAGGAUGGGCGAGGCGGUGGCCCGCGUAGCCAGGAAGGUGAACCACACGGUGGAGAACAAAACGGAUUCCCUCGAUCUGGCCAACUGCAAGCUGAUGACCUUCCCUGUCGGCAUCUACAAAGCCAUGAGGAGCGUCACCGAGGGGAUCCACUGCAUCUCCCUGGCAAACAAUGAGCUGAAGUCCCUCACUGGCCGAUUCAUCACCACCUUCAGCCAGCUGAGAGAGCUCAACCUGGCAGGCAACUACCUGCACCGCCUGCCUGAGGAGGUCACCUCCCUGCUGCACCUCCGCGCCAUCAACCUCUCCAGAAACAGGUUUCGGCGUUUCCCCGAGCCCCUGGCCGCUGUUGCUGCCCUGGAGACCAUCGACCUGGAAGAGAACGAGAUCACAGAGGUGCCGGUGGAGAAGCUGGCCUCCAUGGCAUCGCUGCAGAGUCUCAACCUGAGGGCAAACCCCGUCGGCCCCGAGGCGCGGCUGCUGGUCCGGCCCCUCGUCCCCUUCGACCUGCUGCUGUCACCGGAGGAGCCCAUCCCCGAAGCCUGAGAGGGUCUUGGGGUGCCCGGGCGAGCUCUCCUGAGGGGCGACUGCCUGCGAGAGUGGUUUGGCUUAGGUCAGUCCCUGCUAUGCCUCUGUUUUUGUCCCAAAACCAGUGAGGCAGCCAGUCCCUUUUUUUUUUUUUUUUUUUUCCUUAAUAAAAAAGCAAGCAGCGGGGCUCUUCUGCGAAGGGAUGGCUCUGCCAGCUCCUGAGCUGGAGAAUCUCCCACUUAGUGUUUUGCCAAGCGCUUGGGGAGGAAGCGAAGCCAGGAUGCACUUGGUGCAAGGUUUGGGUAAAACUGGAGGAGUUGGAUGUUUGGCUGCAUCCAUCCUGCCUGGCCAGUGAUGGGGAGCAUCUGCUGCGCUGAUCCGGGGCUGGGAUGGUGGAGACAUCCCUGCAGCUGUAAGAGUUCCCCCUUGAAUUGCUGAUAGGGCACUGUGCCACAUGCCUGAUUAAAUG